AGCCCUGUUUGGCUGGCUGGCUGCCUUCAUUUUCUUUUUCUACACCGAACGCCUUAAUAAGAUCGGAUACCACACCAUUCUUGUUCCAAGGUACUUACUUUUAUUAUUAUUUUUUUUCCCUCAAACCCAAAAUCUCACUCUCCAUAAAUUUCUUCUGAAGUUUUAAGAGCAAUAUUUAGAGGCAAAGAUGUUGGGGAUUAUAAGGCAAAAAGUAGGUGCCGGAGGCGCUUCUCUUCUGAGGACACGUUCUGCCGUUUCGGCAUUGAGAAGCUACUCAUCAGCAGGAAAAGAGAUGAUGGUGAGAGAUGCUCUAAAUUCUGCGCUUGAUGAGGAAAUGUCUGCUGAUCCGAAAGUGUUUUUGAUGGGUGAAGAGGUUGGUGAAUAUCAAGGUGCAUACAAGAUAUCCAAAGGGCUUUUGGACAAGUAUGGUCCUGAUAGGGUUCUUGAUACACCAAUCACUGAGGCUGGGUUUACUGGGAUUGGAGUUGGUGCUGCUUACCAUGGUCUGCGGCCUGUUGUUGAGUUCAUGACAUUUAACUUUUCUAUGCAGGCAAUUGAUCACAUCAUUAAUUCUGCUGCAAAAUCAAACUAUAUGUCUGCUGGCCAGAUAUCUGUUCCUAUAGUUUUCAGAGGGCCUAAUGGUGCUGCUGCUGGUGUUGGUGCCCAGCACUCUCAUUGUUAUGCCUCGUGGUAUGCCUCCUGCCCUGGGUUGAAAGUUUUAACCCCAUACUCAUCUGAAGAUGCUCGUGGACUGCUAAAAGCUGCCAUAAGAGAUCCUGAUCCUGUUAUUUUUCUUGAAAAUGAGUUGUUAUAUGGUGAGUCAUUCCCCGUUUCAGCUGAAGUUCUUGAUUCCAGUUUUUGCUUACCAAUAGGGAAAGCUAAGAUUGAGAGAGAAGGAAAGGAUGUGACUAUUACAGCUUUUUCAAAAAUGGUGGGCUAUGCUCUCAAGGCAGCUGAGAUUCUUGCAAAGGAAGGAAUCAGUGCUGAGGUUAUAAACUUGCGCACAAUCCGGCCAUUAGAUAGAUCCACAAUCAAUGCUUCUGUCAGGAAAACCAACAGACUCAUAACAGUCGAAGAAGGUUUUCCCCAGCAUGGUGUUGGAGCUGAAAUCUGCACAUCUGUAGUUGAGGAAAGCUUCGGUUAUCUCGAUGCUCCAGUUGAGAGAAUUACUGGGGCUGAUGUUCCUAUGCCUUAUGCAGCUAAUCUUGAGAGAUUGGCUGUCCCACAGGUUGAAGACAUUGUUCGCGCGGCAAAGAGAGCAUGCUACAGAUCUGUACCAAUGGCUGCGGCUGCUUAAUUCAACCAAUCCCAUCCAGAAACUUUUCCGAAUCCAGGAGAUAUAGAGUGUACAUUUUUUCAUUUCUCAUCACAUGGGAAGAAGCUACUUCGCUGAAAUAACUUGGAGAACAUUGACACAAAGGCGGGAAAUUUUGUGACUUGUCAUUUUUAUUUGGCAGUGGACUUGGAACAAAUUCGAUUUCCAUCCAAUACAUUGCUUUCUUGCAACGCCUCUUGUACUGUUUAAGCGUUUGUCUUCUGAUCAUUGUUUGUUUAAUUUGGUAAACUCUGGCUGGAAUGGUCAUAUAUAUGUUGCAUACGCCCCUUAGCCUUAGGGAUGUUAGAUGCAUGAAUGAUAAAGUGGGGUGUUAAAGAAAAAAACAAUAAAGUUUGGAGUUUUUGCAA